AUUGUGUGACCCAAGCGUCAUUUUUGAAUUUUGAAUUGAAAAUUAUCCGUUGUGGUUCAUGUUGACAGACAAAGCGAUACAAAUUCAACGGAAAACAAUCGUUUUAAAUAGAAUAAUAAAGGACAGGAUCGUUUUUUUGUGGUGUACUACGAACAAACUGGCGUUUAAUUUGUGAUGAAUAAUAAGAUGUCCCGAAUACCUAAAAUGCCACCAGUAACAGCAACUAAAGAAAACAAACCAAGUUUGUUAAAUCGUCGUCCAAUCCCUAGAACCCUAGUGAGCACUCUCAGUGAUGCUGAUAAAAAGGAUUUGAUCAUGAAUCAUACCAAGCCUGCCCUGCGAGGUGGACCAUCGGCUACAAUGCCAGCUCAACGCCUCAAGAGAUCGGCUACAGCACCCUCAUCUGUCAAUGUGCCUCCACCUAAAGUAACUAAAGUGGAAAAAAAGACAGCAGUUGCACCAAAAAUUGCACCGUAUGACUAUAAAGCAAGGUUCAAUGACUUGCUUGGAAAGCAUAAAAAUAUGAAAAGUGAAUUUGAUGACUUGAAAGAAAAACACAUUGAAGUAUCUGACAAUUAUGAGAAGACUAAAGAUUCAGUUCAAUGCUGUAUUGAUGAAAGAGACAAUUUGAAAGAAAACUUAUUGAAGUCUCUUACUGAACUAAGAGAAAAGACUGCAGAGUUUGACAAAAUGAAAAUUGAUUUUGACAUCCAGAAAAUGGAAAAUGAAAAUCUACAGCGUAAAACUGUAUUGUUAGAUGAGAUAACCAACAGUUUGAAGCAAAAAACUGCUGAACUGGAUAAAGUGCAAUCAGAGUUCACUGAACUCUCCAGACAACAUAAAAGUCUUAAAGAAGAAACGGAAGCCUUGAGAGUGUUAACAGAUCAUCUUAAGAAAAUAUCAAUCCAGUAUGAUAAGUUGCAACUUGACUACAAAGAAGCACAAGAAGUUAUUGCUAAAUAUAAAUCAGAAUCAGAAAUAUUGCAGAACAUCUUGGCUGCAAUGCAUAAAGAGCAAAGAGACCUACGAAAUACAAUUCAAGAUUUGAAAGGCAAUAUCAGAGUGUACUGUAGGAUAAGACCACCUUUGGAGUCUGAACAAACAAAGCCAAGAUUCAAUCUCAAUGUUCUUGAUGCUUGUUCUAUUGAGGUUGAAAAAGUUGAAUUGUUGAAUUCAGUUAGAAAAGGAAAGCCACAACAUGGUUUUACAUUUGAUGGUAUAUUCACUCCCCAUGCAUCUCAGGAAGAUGUGUUUGCUGAAGUUUCAACUAUGGUCCAGUCUGCAUUAGAUGGGUACAAUGUGUGUAUUUUUGCCUAUGGCCAAACCGGCUCUGGUAAAACCUAUACCAUGGAGGGAGGUUGUGGAACUGAGCAGUAUGGUAUCAUACCAAGAGCAUUCAACAUGAUCUUCACAUGUAUGGAAGAUUUAAAACGCAUGGGUUGGGAGUUGACAAUAAAAGCAUCAUUUUUGGAAAUAUACAAUGAAAUAAUCUAUGACUUGCUGAACUCUAGUAAGGACCAGGUAACUCAUGAGAUAAAAAUGUCAAAUUCUAAAGGAACAGAUGUGUAUGUGUCUAAUUUAAAGGAAGAGGAAGUGAAGAACUCUCAUGACUUCAUCAGGCUGAUGAUAUUUGCCCAACGUAACAGACAAACUGCCGCAACCCUGAACAAUGAGCGCAGCUCCCGAUCUCACUCGGUCGCCCAGAUUAAAAUAUCGGCAAUACAUGAAAAACGCAAGGAGAAAUAUACAAGUAAUUUGAAUUUGGUAGAUCUGGCUGGAUCAGAGAGUGGUAAAACCACACAGCGCAUGGAUGAAACGAAGCACAUUAACAGAUCUUUAUCAGAGUUGUCCAAAGUUAUUUUAUCACUACAGACCAACCAGUCACAUAUCCCAUACAGAAAUUCUAAGCUGACCCACCUACUGAUGCCUAGUUUGGGAGGUAAUUCAAAAACACUUAUGUUGGUCAAUAUCAACCAAUUUGAUGAAUGCUUUAAUGAGACUCUGAACUCCUUACGCUUUGCCACACAAGUUAACAAUUGCAGGGUAGUCAAAGCAAAGAAAAAUAUCACUAUGUUUGACACAUAAUAUUAAUGAAUUAUUUUUUAUUUUAUUGACAUGAUAAUGUUAUAUAACAGUUAAUAUGUACCUACUUUUAAAAUAGAAUAGGAAAAUGCUUGCUUUUUAAACAGUUUGGAAAUUAGACCAGACUGAAGUUAACUAUGGUUGUUAACUAUCAUGUAACUAUUAUUCAUACUACUUGAGAUUUUUUUGACUACUCAUUUCCUUAGUUUCUUGUGUUUUGAUCACACCCUUUUGGAAUCCAAGAUGGGAUAAGGUCAAAAUACUUCUAAUAUAUGUUUUCUAAUGUAUUUAGAUGACCCUGUACAUAACGUUACAAAACUAAAUAUCAUGUUUAUCUUUUUCUUGCAACUUAAUUGCUAUAGUUAUAUCUUUUAGAGGUGUGUUUGCACACUGCUUUGAUCAGGAAUUUUAAUAAUAUUAGCUUUUGUUUUAUUAAUUUAAUUUCAAUAGUUGUAUGUCAAACAAUUAUUUUAUUAUUAGUUUUCAUGUGUAACUGUAUUGUUUAUUAAAUAUAAUAUACCCAAAAA